AUGAACGAACAUGACCAGAUCCCGAAGCCGACCAACCGGAAGCCCAAUCGACAGGAUAAUCGGGACACUGGCAAAUUCUGCCGAUAUCACCAGCAGAACAGCCACAAUACCGAAGACUGCAUCAGUUUGAGGAAAAUUGUCGAGCGUCUGAUUCGGGAAGGGAAAGUUGGAUCAGUACCUCGCCAGGCCACACAGGCCCCCGGCACCGAACGCGAAUCGGCAGAUCAACAUGAUCAACACGAUCAGCGGCGGCCCCACCCUGGCGGGACCCUCUAA